UAAUGUAAUUAUUAUCACUCCAUCGAAUACGUAUUGUACAACUACUCUUCAACGAAGUAAAACGUAAAUGCAUGUAUUAAGUAUUGGCACAUAACUAUUGGCAACGGAGUGUAUCGAUCGGCGCACAUCAUCUGUACAAUAUUGUGUGUAUAUCAUUCAGUCGUUUUUGUAACUUCAUCGAGACAAUACGAUGGCAGAUGACAUUGUCGCGAUUCAAAAGAAAUUUGGUAGUCUGAAUGAGUAUAGCAUACAAUUGAACAGAUGGCUCUCGAAAAUGAUAGGUGUAUGGCCACUUCCAUCCUUCACCACAAAAUUCGAAAAGAUAAUGACGAAGAUUCUUAUUUUUUUCUAUUGGAUCAUUUUAUUAUUUAUUAUAAUAGCAAGUUCAUUACAUUUUAUUCUUGUGAAAGAGGAUAUCGUUUCGAAACUAAAAACACUUGGCCCUAUAAGCUACUGCUUUGGGGGAGGAUUCAAUUAUGCCGUGUUGUUGCUUCGCAAAAACGAUAUACGCUAUUGUAUAGAGCACAUGGAAACUGAUUGGAAGAUAAUUACAAGGAAGAAGGAUCAGCAAGUGAUGCUUAAAAGCGCGAAAAUUGGUCGUAUCAUUUCCGGUUGCAUCGCGGGUUUUAUGCAAAUUGGUACUUUUUGUUUCUGUAUCGUUUUGGGAGUUUUGAAACGGACAAUCAAUAUCGGCAACAAUAGCAUGGAAAUAUAUGUCUUACCAUUUCCAACAUAUAAAAUUCCGGUUGAUACUAAUCCAGGACACGCCAUCAUUCUUAGUUUGCAAUACCUGACGUCAUACACAAGUAGUGCUACUGUUGUUAUCGCUUUCAGUCUUGCUACAGUAUUUGCAUAUCAUGCUAUUGGUCAAUUAACUAUAAUGAUUACGUGGAUUGAAGAAUUUGUAAAUCAAUCACAAGAAGAAAAUAAAAAUGUACGCAUUGAUGAAAUAAGUGUAAUCAUCGAACAUCAUUUGAGAAUUCUAAGUUUCCUAGAACGUACUGAACAUCUAUUGAGCCCAAUAUGCUUCAUGGAAAUGUUCAAGAAUAUAUUGAGUAUAUGCAUGUUUAGCUAUUGCAUUCUUGCGGAAUGGUCUGAACGUGAUAUUAGGGUCCUCGGUAUAUAUACUUUUGCAGUAAUGAAUAUAAUUUUAAGCACAUUUUUAAUAUGUUAUAUUGGUGAAGUACUAACUGAAAGAUGUAAAGAAAUUGGUAACAUAGUUUAUAUGACAAACUGGUAUCAGUUACCUGAUAAAGAUAUUUUUAAUCUGAUUAUGAUUAUUAUACGAUCUGGCGUGGAAUACAAAAUGACUGCUGGAAAGAUAAUUGAUAUAUCGGUAAUCACGUUUGGUAAUAUUGUAAAAACUGUUUUUGUAUACUUAAAUAUAUUACGCCAAAUGACAAUAUUGUAAAAUGCACAUGUAUUGAGCAUAAAGAAAAUAUGUAUCAAAUAUACAUUUAAAAAUAAACUUUGCAUAUUA